AUGAACCAGAAGAACCUCUGUAACCUUAGAUCUUUUCCACCUUUCCUUCAGUUCUCGUAUAUAUGGCGACAAUACUGUCUAUGCUCAGCUUCUGGAAGGAGGGUUCUUGAGUUUUUUCAUUUUGCUUGCACGUCGGAGGACGUCAACAAUCUAUCACAUGGUUUGAUGCUUCAAGAAGCACUUAGCUCGGUUAUACUUCCAGCCAUGGAUGACCUGAUCACGUCAAUCUCUCUGAUGGCUAAGGAGUUUGCAUAUGUCCCCAUGCUUUCAAGAACUCAUGGCCAGCCAGCUUCACCUACAACACUAGGGAAAGAAAUGGCGAUAUUCGCUGUGAGGUUAAGUGAAGAGAGAAGAUAUCUUUCAGAAACUAAGAUCAAGGGAAAAUUUGCUGGUGCCGUUGGGAACUACAACGCUCACAUUUCAGCAUAUCCUAAUAUCGACUGGCCUCAUGUUGCAGAGGAGUUUGUUACUUCUCUCGGAUUAACCUUUAACCCUUUUUUUUUGCAGAUUGAGCCUCAUGACUAUAUGGCUAGACUCUUAAUACAAUCAGCCAGUCACACUAUCUUAAUUGAUUUCGACAGAGAUAUAUGGAGCUACAUAUCUCUAGGUUACUUUAAGCAGAUAACUAAAGCUGGUGAGAUCGGAUCAUCCACAAUGCCUCACAAAGUGAAUCCUAUUGACUUUGAUAACAGUGAAGGGAACCUAGGUAAAGCUAACGCUGAGCUAUUUCUCAGCAUGAAGUUUCCCGUUUCUCGAAUGCAGCGUGACUUAACCGAUUCGACUGUAUUGAGAAAUGGUGGAGCUUUAGGACACUCUCUUCUUGCUUACAAGAGCGCCAUACAGGGAAUCAGGAAGCUUCAGAUUAAUGAAGCUCGGUUAAAAGAAGAUUUGGAUCAAACUUGGGAAGUUCUCGCUGAACCCAUACAAACUGUGAUGAGGAGAUAUGGAGUUCCGGAGCCGUAUGAGAAGCUGAAGGAGCUGACAAGAGGGAGAGCUGUGAAUGAAGAAAGUAUAAGAGAGUUUAUAAAAGGUUUGGAUUUGCCUGCAGAAGCAAAAUCUCAACUUUUGAAGUUAACUCCACACACAUAUGUUGGUGCUGCUGCUGCGUUGGCUUUGGCCGUCGAUGAAGCUCUGCACUUGUGACAGUGAUGAUGAUCAGUGAUCAUAUCGGUGAUAAAGUUGUGCUGUUGUACUAUUACUCUUCUCCAAAUGAAAUAGGAAGAAGUAGCGAAGAACAAAGAGUCAGAUUGAUGAGUUCUACGUUGUCGUUUUGAGUUCCACUUCAUUUGACUGGUUUAGAUUUUUUAUAAUCAAGUGUUUGUUAAUCAAAAUCCAGGCAAAUGUAAAAUGCAAAGAGUAGUUGAGUACAUUGUCCCGUAAACAAAAUUGAUUAGGAAUUUUUGUCAUAUUCAGAGUUUAUAGUC